ACUGGCUUGUUUCUGUUACUCAUAAUAGUUCUGGUCGAUUCGGAGUGAUAUUGAUACGUCGAGAGACAUUUAAAUAUAUAUAAAUAUAUAUAUAUAAAUAAAUAGGUAGAUAAAUUAUUUAAGAGUAUAUCACAAUGGUAACCAAAGAAGAAAUCGAGGAGAAGUUGAAGGAUGAACUUAAAACUACCCAUUUAGAAGUCAUAGAUGUUUCUGCCUGUGGUUGUGGAGAGAAGUUCCAGUCUGUGAUUGUCUCUCCCGAAUUUGCUGGUAAAUCUUUAUUGAGUCAACACAGAUUGGUUAAUUCCAUUCUAAAAGAAGAGCUGAAAGUAAUCCACGCCUUCCAAAUGAAAACCAUGACCCCUGAACAAUGGGACCAGAAGCAAAAUGAGGUGUCUGCGACUAGCUGAGAUUAUGACUAAUAUAAUAUACAUAUAUAUAUAUACAUAUAAUAUAUAUAUAUACAUAUAAUAUAUAUAUAUAUAUAUACAUAUAAUACAUAUAUAAUAUGCAUAUUAUAUAAUAUACAUAUUAUAUAUAUAUAGUAUAUAUAUAUAUAUAAUAUAUAUACAUACACAAUAUACAUAUAUAUAUAC